AUGAAAAAGAAAAAAGAUGGGAAGGAAUCUAGAAGUGAUGAAUGUAGAGUUCUUCUUCUUCUUCUUCUUCUUCACCAAGCAUCACCACCACCCUCAACGAGCACCACCACCCUGCAACCAACCACCACCCUCACCGAGCACCACCACCCUCCACCAACCACAACCACCACCGUAAACCACCACCACCCUCACCGAGCACCACCACCCUGCAACCAACCACCACCUUGCAACCAACCACCACCACCCUCCACCAACCACAACCACCACCGUAAACCACCACCACCCUCACCGAGCACCACCACCCUGCAACCAACCACCACCCUGACCGAGCACCACCACCCUGCAACCAACCACCACCCUCCACCAACCACAACCACCACCGUAAACCACCACCACCCUGACCGAGCACCACCACCCUGCAACCAACCACCACCCUGA